UCAUCUGUUUACCGGAAUCGGCUUUGUGAUUCAUAUAUUUUUGGGAAGAAAAGUGCUUGGAAAGGAGCGAAACCAUGGCCAAAAACACGUCCAGCAAUGCGUUCCGCAAGAUCGAUGUGGACCAGUACAACGAGGACAACUUCCGGGAGGAUGACGGCGUGGAGAGCGCGUCGGCGGGGCCGGAUGAGACCGAGAUUACGACUCUGCUGACGCAGGGAAAAUCCGUGGAGGCGCUCCUCAGUGCCCUGCAGAAUGCUCCACUGCGCUGCAAGAACCAGAACGUGAAGGACCACGCCCUGAACAUCACGCUGCGAGUGCUGCUGUCCAUCAAGUCGACGCAAAUGGACCAGGCCAUCGAUUCCGUCGACCAGAACGACCUGAUCGACGUGCUGAUGAAGUACAUAUACCGGGGCUUCGAGAUCCCCUCGGAGGGCUCCAGUGGCCACCUGCUGCAGUGGCACGAGAAGGCCUUCGCCAAGGGCGGCGUGGGCUGCAUUGUCCGGGUUUUGUCCGACACAAAUCGCGCCUAGAGGAGAUCACCAUAGCCA